CCUGGAGCUCCAUCCCUGGGAGAGCCUGUGUCGAAGGGACCAUGAGCGCAAUCAGCGAGGUGGUGCAGCGGGCCAGAGCCGCCUUCAACUCGGGUCGGACGCGCCCGCUCCAGUUCCGCGUCCAGCAGCUGGAGGGGCUGCGGCGCCUGAUUCGCGAGCGAGAGAAGGACCUCGUGGGCGCGCUGGCUGCGGACCUCCACAAGAAUGAAUGGACCGCCUACUAUGAGGAGAUUGUGUAUGUCCUGGAGGAGAUCGACUACAUUAUCAGGAAACUCCCUGAGUGGGCUGCUGACGAGCCUGUGGAGAAGACCCCCCAUACCCAGCAGGAUGAGGCCUACAUCCACUCAGAGCCCCUGGGCGUGGUCCUCAUCAUCGGCACCUGGAACUACCCCUUCAACCUGACCAUCCAGCCCAUGGUGGGAGCCAUUGCUGCAGGGAAUGCGGUGGUCCUGAAGCCGUCGGAGCUGAGUGAGAACACGGCGAGCCUGCUGGCCGCCAUCCUCCCCCAGUACCUGGACCAGGAUCUGUAUCCUGUGAUCAAUGGGGGUGUUGCUGAGACCACGGAGGUGCUCAAAGAGAGAUUCGAUCACAUCCUGUACACCGGGAGCACCGGGGUGGGCAGGGUCGUCAUGAUGGCUGCGGCCAAGCACCUGACCCCCGUCACGCUGGAGCUAGGGGGCAAGAAUCCCUGCUAUGUGGACAAGGACUGCGAUCUGGACAUUGCCUGCAGACGCAUCGCCUGGGGAAAGUUCAUGAACAGUGGCCAGACCUGCGUGGCCCCCGACUACAUCCUGUGUGACCCCUCUAUCCAGAGCCAAAUCGUGGAGAAGCUCAAAAAGUCCCUGAAAGAGUUCUACGGGGAGGACGCCAAGAAGUCCAGGGACUACGGGAGAAUCAUCAACUCCCAGCACUUCCAGAGGGUGAUGGGCCUGCUGGAGGGUCAGAAGGUCGCCUAUGGAGGCACUGGGGAUGCAGCCAACCGCUACAUCGCCCCCACCAUCCUUAUGGACGUGGACCCCCAGUCCCUGGUGAUGCAGGAGGAGGUCUUUGGGCCCGUCCUGCCCAUAGUGUGCGUGCGCAGCCUGGAGGAGGCCAUCCAAUUCAUCACCCAGCGCGAGAAGCCCCUGGCGCUCUACGUCUUCUCGCCAAACGACAAGGUGAUUAAGAAGAUGAUCUCGGAGACCUCCAGCGGCGGGGUGACGGCCAACGACGUCAUCGUCCACAUCACGGUGCACUCGCUGCCCUACGGGGGUGUGGGGGACAGCGGCAUGGGGUCCUACCAUGGCAGGAAGAGCUUCGAGACCUUCUCGCACCGCCGCUCCUGCCUGGUGAGGCCUCUGCUGAACGAGGAGACCCUCAGAGCCAGAUACCCGCCGAGCCCGGCCAAGAUGCCCCGUCACUGAAGCACUGCCCUGGCCUCACUGUGCUGCGCCCUCGGAGGGCUCCCCUGGCGCCCGCCCACUGCUCGCCCCCAGCCCGGCUCCCAGUGCUCGGAGUGCUCCCCUGGCGCCCCCCUGCUCCAGCGCAUAGUUCCCGCCCGGCCCUGCCCCCGCACUACACUAAACUUAGAGCAAUAAAGCUUUGG